AUGACGGGUAUGAAACCAUCAGCUUCGCUAGAUAGCUGGAGGGAGUAUUUCCGGCGAGGAGAUUCCGAUAUUUUCGGGAUCAUCGAUCACGCGAUCAUGGUGGCCGCUGCCGAUUGCCCAAACAAAUUCAAAUCGAGGAGAGACAAAAUCGCCGAGCUUCUCUUCUCGUGCAGAGUGGGUCGCUGCGUCGGAUGCGACCACGUCGAGCUAUCUGUUCCCGGAGACGACGAAGCGAAUCGCGGAACCGCCGGAGCAGGAAUCGGCGACGGCAGCGGAGGCGGCGAUGCGGCGGUUGAUGGCGACGAGGAUUAUGAGGUUGGUGGGAGUAAAGAGAGCAAAGCGAACAGUAGCAGAGGAGAUAACAAUCACAUCGACGAGACGAAUUUGAACAACAAUCAGAUUGUAAGCAAUUAUACAUAUGACGAAGCUGAGGCCUUGAGUGAUGCGAUUGAAGAGUUUUCUGUGAUUUCUAAGGAAGUUGGUAGGAUCAGAGAGAUCUUGCUCAACAAAGAAGACGAGCCACAGUCGGUGAUAUUUGAGUCUCUGAGGAAGCUAAAGCUGAUGUCUUUGAAUGUGGAUAUUCUCAAGAGUACUGAGAUCGGAAAGGCUGUGAAUGGCCUGAGGAAACAUGCUUCUGAUAAGAUUCGCCAACUUGCAAAGACUCUUAUCGCAGAGUGGAAGGAGCUGGUUGAUCAGUGGGUCAACACCACCAAGGAACUCACUGGUGGUGCUGAAGGUACACCGGAGUCUGCAAAUCCGUCUGUAGUUGAUGAAGAAGAAGCGUUUCCAUCGCUUCCAUAUGAUGUCGACAUCUUUACACCGCAGCCAGACGUGUUUGAAAUGGGAAAUUUCUUUGAUUCCAUGGAUUUUGAUACAAAUCCUCGUAGCUCUGGGGAACACAAGGCAAGCCGAGAACACGAAAGAAGACCACAAAAUAUCGCCAAGAGAAGACCAGAGGGCACACAAACGAGGAUACAAGACGCUCCUUCUAGAUCUGUUAAGCCAUCAUCAGCUACUGAUUUUGAUGAAACUAGGAGACCUCUUAAGCAAAACACAGAACAGAGGAUGGUACCUGUUCACAAGUCUGAAAGACCCAUGAGCCAGAGGAAACCGCUUGUUACAGAACACAAGCGGAGAGCUCCUGAACCUCGACAAGAAAAACUUAAGGGUCUUGAUGGAGACGCAAAGUUUGAGUUUGCAAAGAGGAAACUUCAAGAGAGCUACCAACAUCAUGAGAACGCCAAGAAGCAGCGAACAAUACAAGUACUUGAGACGAUCCCAAAGCAAGGUAGUGCUCAGAAACCACAACUCAAGAGACCUGGAAUGAGCAACAGGAAUUGGGCAAACGGUCGAAAGUAG